CAAAGAUGGCCGCUGGCCACUGGGGAAUAUUCAGCGACUGAGCUCCGUGCGGGGCGGAAGCGGGGCCCGAGUCCGUUCGGAAUAGCCCUCCCCGGGCUGCCGGCACGUAGCUGAGUCUGGGCCCGAUGAGCAAGGCGUGGCGGAGGGGGGGCGCCCCCGGCGGCAGGAUGGAGGGGGCCGAGGCGGGGGACCAGGACGAGUCCAGCGGGCACAGCUCCCACAAGAAGAAGCACAAGAAGCACAAGAAGAAGCACAAGAAGAGGCAUCACCAUGAGAACGUGGGGCCCAGCUUCUCCUCCGAGACCCUGGAGUCCAGCCCCUUGCUCCCCAAGCCCCAGCUCAAGCUCAAAAUCAAGCUGGGCGGGCAGAUCCUGGGCACCAAGAGCGUGCCGACCUUCACGGUGAUCCCCGAGGUGCCGCGCUCGCCUUCCCCCCUCAUGGUCGUGGACGAUGAGGACGAGCCCAUGGAGGGGGUCCCCAUUGAGCAGUAUCGGGCCUGGCUGGAUGAAGACAGUAACCUGGACCCAUCGCCCCUGCCGGACCUGGACUCGGAGAGCUGCUUCCCUGCCCGCGAGGACGAGGAGGAGCAGCGCUGGCUGGAUGCGCUGGAGAAGGGCGAGCUGGACGACAACGGCGAGCUCAAGAAGGAGGUGGAUGAGUCGCUGCUCACGGCCAGACAGAAAGCCCUCCUGCACAAGCAGCAGAGCCAGCCACUCCUGGAGCUGCCCAUGGGCUACAAGGCGAAGGAGAUGACGGAGGAGAUGCUGGUGAAGCGGGAGGAACGAGCCCGGAAGCGGCGCCUGCAGGCGGCCAAGAAGGCAGAGGAGAACAAGAACCAAACCAUCGAGCGCCUCACCAAGACCAACAAGGCCAAGGUGAAGACGCUGCGGGAGCGCAAGGCUAAGCAGGCCCCAUGCCCCAUGAUCCGCUACUGCAACGCCGCGGACCGGAUCACCGUGUCCUUCCCGCCCGGGGUCACGCUGCCACUGCCGCCCGGCACGCCGCCACCCGUGCCUGCAGCCACCACCUGCGGGGUCAGCGGCUGCCCCAACCGCAAGCGGUACUCCUGCUCACGCACCGGCGUGCCCCUCUGCAGCUUCGCCUGCUACCAGAAGAACCUGCAGCUGCAGGAGGCGGUCGGCUAGGGCUCCUGGCACCGACC